AUGGCGGACAAGCAAGAAGAAGCUCCUAAAGCCGAUGGUAGAGCUGCGCGCCCUGAUAUCAUAGGAGCAGAUUCUGGGCCUGAGCCACCGUUUCCACUGCGCAUGAGUGGGAAGGUCGUCAGUGGAUUCGGGAGAGGAUCAAAGGAGCUCGGCAUCCCCACAGCCAACAUCCCCGUCGACACCACACCCUGGAUCUCCACCGCCGAAUCCGGCGUCUACUUCGGCUGGGCGUCCCUCCUCCUCCCACCCUCUCACCCCUCCCUCACCUCAGACAUCUCAUCAACGAUCCCCUCCCAACCCUCCACAACAUUCACCUCCGCCUCCAACACGCCCAUCCCUACCCUCUCGCCUCCACCCUCCGCCCUCGCCAAAGGCUGGCGUCUCUACCCCAUGGUGAUGUCCAUCGGGUUCAACCCGUUCUACAAGAAUACCGUCAGGAGCGCCGAGGUGCACGUCAUGCAUAGGUUUGAGGCGGACUUUUAUGGAUGCGAGAUGAGACUUGUGUUGUUGGGGUUUAUUAGGAAGGAGCUGGAUUAUGUGAGUUUGGAGGCGUUGGUGGGUGAUAUUAGGAUGGAUAUUGAGGUUGCGGGGAGGAGUUUGGGGAGGGAGCGGUGGAGAGCGGAGGGGGAGGGGAGGUGGCUUUGGGGGGAGGAGGAGGAGGUGUGA